UGUCCACAGUAAAGGGCGGGACUUGUUUCCCUUCGCAACGCUUGGUUCCCGCAAUAGGUCCAUGGGUUCCCGGGGAGUGGCGGCAGUUUCAACAUGGCGGCAGCCCUAACGAGAACUGAAGAGUCAGGAAUAUUUUGGAUUAAUGACACAUCAGAAGAAGAGCAGUCCGUUGUAUUGGUACCAGGAGUCAGCAGAGAUACAAAGUUUGGCAUCGCCAGAUCGAGUGAGAAAGAUACAAAAAUCAGAGACAAGCGUGACUGUAAAAAAAGUACCAAAAUUGAGAGGCGUCAGAGUCAGUUGCAAAGCGCUCCUUCACUGACUUUCAAAGCACAGGACCUGAUCCAACCCCACACUGCAUUCACCAUGACUACUCCUGCCAACAAAGUCACCCCCUUGUCACAGACCAACACCACCAGAACCCAGAGCAGUUUGAAGGACCUCUGCCCAGAGGAUAAGCGGCGUAUCGCUAACCUCAUUGAAGAACUAGCCAGAGUUAGUGAGGAGAAGGAUGAGUCGGUACAGAGGCUGCGGGAAGAACAGCAGACAUUUGAGCGCAAGAUCCAACAGCUGGAGCAGCAAAAUGUGCUCAUCAUUCAGGAGAGGGAAGGCCUGCAGCAGCAGUACAAGGAAUGCCAGGAGCUGCUAGGUCUCUACCAGCAGUAUCUGGCCCAGCAGCAAGAGAAGCUCAACCAGUCCAUAGCACAGCUUCACAACAAGGUGUCCGUCAGUGAAGCAACUCCCGGCAGACCCUCUGGCAGCAGGACGAACGGGUCGACUCUGGACGCCUCGCACCCAGGCCCUGAUCCCGGCCCCAAGGGACCACCCCGCACCCGAAGGAGGGACAGUGGAGGCACACGGGAAGCCCUGGCCUGCGGUCGCCAGACCCUCUCGGACACGACCCCGCCGGACUCCUCCUCCUCUUGCGAGAGCGGGCCACCGCACGUGCGCACGGAGCCACGCAGAGCCCGGCGCGGCUGCGGGCAUUGUCCGGCCAGCGGAACCAAGCCGAGGAGGGAACGGGAAGAAGACCAACGCCUAGAGCACGGCGGACCGCAGGCCUGCAACGGGCCAAGCGAGGCGGGGGCCGCGGCACCCCACGGGGGCCGGGCAGCCCGGACGGACCCUCCCCUGGACCACGAGCACUGGGAGGAGAAGAGGCACCAGCUGCUGCUGCAGAAGCUGCAGCUGGAGGCGGAGAAGGAGAGGCUGCAGACGCGGCUGGCCGAGCAGGAGGAGCGGCUGGCCAGACAGGGCACGCAGCUACGGCAGUCACGACUCGACUACAGCAGGUUCCAACAGGCCACUCAAGCGCAGCCCUCCUGCUCCAUCACUGGAGGUGGGGCGUCACAGAGCGAGCAGCCCUCGAACCGGCAUUUGUAUUUCGGUGGGUGUGAAGAUGCAGAUGCUGCAAAGCACCUCUUGAGUAAAGAUCUGCCGCCGACUUCAGCCAACGCUCUUCAGAAGGAGCUCUCUAUGCACGAAGCCUUGCGGUGCUCCAGACAGGACAUGGCCACGUCACCGGUCACCACGUUUGCCCCAAUCCCUGAGGCCAUACCAGCAUGUGCCUUACCCCUGAAGUCCCCUGAGGCUAGGUUGGACUCCUCUCUCCUGGAGCUGCUGGAGGUCUUCAGCCCCAUCCCUGUGCCUCCCCAGCGCCCGCCGUCCUUCCAGAGACACAACGCCACCGUGCCACACGGGGCCCUUAGGCCAGGCACCGCCAGGGCCGCCUCCCGAUCAGCAUGCCUUGCCCCUCUGAGCUCCUCCGCCUCCUCUGGACGCUUCACCCAGAGCCCCCAGCAGGACCUUGAGGAGAGCCAGAUACUGGAGGACAUCUUCUUCAUUUGCUGAAGAGUGAGUGAGUGAGUGUGUGUGUGUGUGUGUGUGUGUGUGUGUGUGUGUGUGUGUGUGUGUGUGUGUGUGUGUGUGUGUGUGUGUGUGUGUGUGUGUGUGUGUGUGUGUGUGUGUGUGUGUGUGUGUGUGUGUGUCACUUAGAGGGGUAUAAUGCUAAUCUGCGUAUGUUCACCUCUUAUGUCUUAACAAUAUUUGGAAAGUGUUCUGCUAAUACUGUAUAUUUUAAUAUAAAUAAACCUAAAUUCACUCUAGAAGUGGUUGUACCCUCAUUUGCAUGCAAGUGUUCUGUUUGUGGCCGAGUCACUGGCUUAUGCUUAAGGCUGUAGAAGGUGUGUCCUUGGCUUGUUUGUCGAAGAGGUAAAUUGUCGUCGGAAUCUAAGCACCCAACAGUGUGUAAUUUAGCAGUAAUUGGUGGUGUCAGAACAACGGGCUGUAUUGAGCCAACAGGGGUAUAACGGUGACAGUUAAGGUCAGUAAACAUCACUCAGGACACAACAGAGGUAUAUCUUUUGUUGUUUUUACUCUAGACUGUGCUUUAUUAUUGGGCUAAGCUGAGACGCGUCAUUCAUUUAAAAUUACAAAAAGAGUCCAGGGUACCAGAGAGUGGUGCAGUCUGGAGAGAGAGAGAGAGAGAGAGGGGGUGAAAGCCUAAAGCAAACUGCCCAAUUAGAAGCUUAGCUCAACAGGAGCGGGAGGCAAAGCUCUAUUAUGCAACAUUCAGUCCCCCGCCCCCCUACCCACUCUCCACGUGUGCUGAAAUCGGGAAGAGAGUUCCAGAAUACGUUUGUUGUUGAAACCAUCGUUGUUGCAAAAUGUAAUUCGAGGAGUAAUACUAGUGAUGUCUCCGAAACAAAAUCAUCGAUAACGGCGUUGAGAGAUGUCCAUAAACAGAUUGUUGAUGAAAUAGUGCAGAUUUCAUUGAAUUAAUGCUGUUGAUUUGAAGACAACAGUUGAAGAUCAGAGCUCUGUCAAACAGGAGGGAAGCAGCACAAGUAAAAAAGACAGAAGAAAGGAAACUCCACUAACCGAAGUGGUUCAUGCAAGCAGUCAAACAUUGAUUUAGCAUUUAAUCUGGUAUUUAAUACCAUGAGUACCGAUGUGAACUUAGAAUACUAUGUUAUUAAUACAUACCUGAUUGAUUAAUCAGCAUGUUAUGGAAUGUUUCAUUGAUAAAACUUGCACAUGAUGUCUAAACAGGUUGUUUUGUACAAUCUUUUAGCAAAGUGAAUUGGCUAGUAGAAUGUUAGAAAUACAACAAAAAAAUGUAAUUUACAGUGUUUAGAGGUACAGUAAUUGAUUGCAAUAGUGUAACAGCAAUACUCUAUUGUAUUAAACCUUCAAGUGGCUGACUUUUGGAUAGGAGUCGCCAAAUUCUCCAGGUGUCAAAUACAACCCUAUGAAAAAAAGGAAAUAAUUAAAAUAAACUACAGUAAUAAUAAAUAGCAGUUAAAACCAUAAUAUAUGGCAGUAACAGAGCUCUGGUCUUUAGUCAAAUGGCACAAAUCAAUAAAUAAACAAAACAAAUAAAUUAAUGGAAAGCAAUAAAAAUCUUGUCUUUGACAUCACUUGGUCAAUUGGAGCAUUAUUCUCCAUGAAAGACGUGCUGAAGGCCUUUGCGCACAGGAACAAUGAUCAUCAUUAAAGACAACGAUGCUGGCUGUCGCAUGUCGUAUAAAAACUAUUUGGUCACGUACCAACUCAUAGAAAAAUAAUGCCAUGUAAGCAUGCAUAUGAUAUCGCACAUGAGUCGUAAAUAAAUAUUUAAACAAAUUAAUAGAACACUUCCAAAUACUUGUAUAUAUAUAUAUAUAAAAAAAGAGAAAGGUCAAUGCAUGUCUAAGCUCUAACUGAGGUCAGUGCGCUCCCUGACGGUGUCCUGGAUAAAUGCCUUGCUCAGGUCCCAUAAUUGUACCAUAUCCUAGAGACUUCUUCCUUGUACCUGGUUUUCAACGAAUAUUAUCAUGUUUUCAUUCAUAUAUUUUUUUUGUUGGUUUAGUAUUUAAAGUAUCAUUUUCAAUCCAGUCCUUGUAGAUAGCAGUAAAAGUCCUAUAAAAUAUGCAAACCUAUGUACAGGAGGAAAACAGAGCAACCCAAAAAAAAUGUACACUAUAUUCAUCGGUUUAUCUAUAUAUUUAUAUAUAUAUUUAUAUUCAAACGUUUGCACCGUUUCUUGUUCUUUUGAACCAUUUUUUUGUAUUUUUUUUCCUCUUUUUCCCCACACUUCUAAUGUAAACAGUUGCAGCUGAAAAUCGGAGCAGGUGAAGAUGAGCAUUCGACUGGCCUUUGUCCUUUUUGCUUCCCCUCCCUCCACUCAGUUAACAUUGAACCGGCAAAAUUGCCCACAUUAUGACGGACGUUAAAAUGUUCCUGGCACAGAAAUAUAUGCUGGAAAAUGCCUUAUUGAGGCAAUUAUUCAUAGUAGAUACUGUACAAACUUUAAUAUUUUUUUUGAAACAAAUCCUUGUCAUCGAUGAGUCUGGCGUGGGAUUGCCUAUUCCUGCCAACAGAGUCAAGGAAAUGAAAUGGCACAGUGGAGCUAGCACAGAUCUAAGGACAUUUUAUCGUGUCAUGUUUCAUGGGUAGAGUUGUUGCCAGAAGAUGAUGCUAUUCUUUUUUUUUAAUUGAGCAAUCUCUCACAUUACCCCACCGGUGGCGUUAAUGAAAUGCCUGCUUCAAGCUGGAGCGAAAUCACCUUGAAAUGAAUUGGUUUGUGUGGGGAUGUUUCUUCUCCUCAACCUUCCUCGUCUGCUUUCCUCUUCAACAAAAGUUAAAGCACUCCUUCAAGCUAGGUACUGGCUUUCCCCUUAGAAUGUCAUGGCGUAGCGUUGGCCUACAUAAGGAGAUGUUCUUUUUUUUCUUGCGGGCCACGGCGUGUAUGGGCCUUGUUGAUUUAGGAAGGUAAAUGUUAACGGUAUUCAAUCUGCUUGAGAAAGGUUAGCCAUAGACGCUAGGGAAAUGGAACAAUAAGCAGUUAACAGUUAGAUUUGGAAUGGCGGCCAGCAGAAGCAUGGUGUCAUACCACCUUAUAAAUAUUAAUAAGGCAAUCUCGACCAUCCCUAUCUGUGUCGAGUACAGAGGCCAAUAAAACCAACUCCCCUGACCUUUUACAGGUAUAUAGAAAGUGUUCAUGCCAUUUACAAUAAUAUGAGAAACUCUGCGCAGAAUCAAUAUAACACCGGCUGGCAUCAUAUAGCACGUAUGAUUUUGAUAUGCUUAUUGCUUCAUUUUCAUAAAUUUGUAAGAUUGAAGAUCCUAUGAACCAAUGGGUAAGGUAAUAUUACAAAACGAAA